ACAGUGGGCUCACGGGGGAGCAAUAGGCUAUGCCCACCACAGGUCAAAGCUGAGACCCCAGCUGAUCCUCGGGCAGGGGAAGGGAACGGGGGUCCUUAGAGAAGGGGCAGAGAAAGCUUCCUGGGAGUAAGUGUAGGGUGUUGGGAUUAGAAUGAGAGGUGUACCAAAUUGGAGGACAUUUGGGGAACAAGAAUGGGCCGCAGUCAAGACAGGACUGCACCCAAAUAUAGAGUACAUUCCGGACCAUUAGCAAAGAGGACAUUCUCUCUUAAGCGCCUGUGAUACACCAAUACAGAUGCCACUGGAGGGGCAGAAAUUGUAUCACUAGAGACUGUGGACACCUGUAUGUGUGCACACGCAUGCACACUCACGUGCACACACGCACACACACAAAUGCCUGCAGAAAGACCCCCAAAUCAGGCCAUCCAUCUCCCCACCUCCAUACUGAGCCCUUCACAACUCUCUCCCUCGCCAGAGAACACGCCCUUCACAUGCCGAUGACGUGCAGCCCCGAAGUCAGAAGGUCCUGCGGUCUCACCUCACUCCUUCUUGCUGCUGUGCUGACGCGCGCGCUUCCUUUCUGACUCAAGAGGCGCCAGACAGAAUCAGUGCCCCCACCCCUGCAUAGCUGACCUCCACCCUCUGGUAGGGGAACUCACCUCUUCUCUUUCCUGCCUGUUUGACCUCCAACUCCUGCCCCUCUCCUUAUUCACCACUGACGCUAAAUGAAGGAAUAAGUGAGCACUGGGGGCCCACAUGGUCCUCGGGGGCCCUGCCUCCCUGGACCCUCAAGAUGGAUCCCAGAGCUGGAGCUCCCCCGCUUACUGGCUGAGAAAACUUGGCCUGCAUUUCCAUGUUCUGCAAGGUUGUGGUGAAGAUGACAUGAGAACUAGGAACCUCUCUCGGAGCAGGACACAGAACAAACCCGCAAGGAGGAGCGCCACACUUAUUAUUGACAUGGUCCUUCAUCUUAACUCGCCCUUCCCUCAUCCCACCAUUCCAGCCUCCGAGCAGGAAGUCCUUCUUGAAGCCUAACCUCAAGCCUUCAUGCCAUGGCACAAGCCAGUGUUGCACCUUUUGUUGGAGUCUGGGGACCAAGGUGGAUGAGGCCAAACUGGCUGGUUGAAGGAGCCACCUCCCUGGAAGGGGACGGGGCCAGGAGGGAGAUUACCGAGGCGCCAGGCCCAGAGCUCCGCCAUGCACCUGCCGAGGCUCCAGCAGAGAUGGGGGGCAUGCCAACUUACCCCGCCCCAUGACCUCAUGGCUGCUUUUGCCAGGCGCUGGCUCAGGGAGCAGGUGAUGACAGCAGGGCCUGGGCACAGAGCCCAAGGACCAGAAGGCGGGAAAACUGUGAGGGCCAACAGCAGAGCCACCCCCACAAGGCUCAGACACGAAGUCCCCCCGGCCUCCAUGUGAGGGUUUUGGUUAGUGACCCAGCACCCCUGUCUCAGCUCCCCCUCCCAGGCCCCGUCAUGCUGCCCCCCGGUCCCCAGAGGACAGUGGAUGAGGGGAGGGGGGACUCUCUCUUCUUCCCCAAGGGUCAGUCUCUCCUUUCGCAUCUCUUUUGGCUUCUCUCUGCUCCAAACUGCUGGCCCUAAACAGGAUGCUGCUGUUGGAAGCGUGGAGAGUUUCCUGGGCUGGAGACGAUGGCCAAACACAGUCGUUCCUGAGACCGCUGCAGGCACGCUCUAACUGCCAGUUAUACAGGGACUCUGAAUCCCCAAGUCGACGCCUCCGCCCUCAUCUCAGGGCAUCUCUAGAGGUGAGGACAGAGCAGGAGGCAACCCCAGUGCCGAAGUUCUCCCGUAGCUUGAUCCCCAACCCCUCCUUCCCCAGCCCACCCCAGGACGCGCCUCCCAGGAGCUCCCCUCCACCCACCGCAAAAUCCACUGCUGGGCUCAAGAGACCCUCCACCCAGCCCGGGGUGGACAGACUGCAGCUCCUGGAACACAGCACGGUGAGACCCAGUGGUAACCCCGGGCCUCGGCCCUCGUGGUCCCAGGAGUGAAGUCACCUGCGCCAGAAGCCCUGUUGGACUGUCAGGGGCUCCCUUCACCUCUUGAUUCAGCUGGCGCCCAGAGCUCUGUGCCUCAGGGCAUUCUUCCUGCACCCCACCUCACUGUCGUCUCAGCCAGGCUCCCUACACACGCCUCCCCCUCCUCACCAGGGAGCCCCCACCCAUUCCAGCUGCUCCACCCUGCUUCAUGGCCCACCCCUCCUACAGGAAGCCACCCGGGGUCCUCCCCUCUCCCUCUUCAACCACCACCCUAGCCCCAGUGCCCAAGGUGUGUCUGCUGUCCCCACCUCGGACCUUGGCCCAGGCUUGGGAUGCACUGGCCACCCUCCGGGGAACGCCUGGAAAACCACAGCAAUGCCUCUUCCUUGAAUCCUGGGUCUACCCUACCCUGACCCCCCCAGUCUCUCCUUCCCUCCCAACUCCUGGCCCUGCAGGCCCCUCUCUGCAAAGGAAGGGGGUAGACUAAGGGCCUGUCCCACUCAGGAGCCCUGUGAAUCUGAAGUUGCUCUCCACCACCCCAGGCCAACCCCAAAGCAGCCAAGCGUGGGGACGGGGUGACUGCGGGCCUGUCCUCUUCCCCACUGGCACCCUGACCCCUGAGGGGGUGGCAGCAGGCCACAGCAGCACCCCCUUCACUUCUCAGAAUCCCCACAGGCCCCACACUCCUCCCUCAUCUUUCCCCAGACACCGAGAAAAG